AUAAGUGGAUUGAGUUUGUUGGUUCUCUACUCUGCUCCGAGAGGUUUUUCUCCGGGUACUCCGGGUAAUCCCAUACGCCUUUACGAGCUCUCGGCCAGAAAUGAGAGAAUCUGAAGACUUUUAAUCAUUUUAUGUUUUGUAAUUAAAUUUAUAUCAAUGUAAUAAGAGAUCUGGUUAAUUCAAAAUAAUUCGAAAUUUCGAGCGAACUUAAGUUUUUAAACAAAGAAAAACUGGUGCCUUACGAUAACCGUGAAAUGGCUUCGCAAGUAACAAAGGAUCGAGAAGGCCUACGUAGCUCUCCCAAAAAACUAUUGGAGAUCGUUCAUCGUGAGCCAAUAUUGUACUUUUUGAAGUUCCAUUCUUAUGAAGAUAUGAGAAAAGAUAAGUAUCAUCAAAAAUCAUUAAUUAAAUAUCACUCGAGCAAUCCUUGUUGUUGAGUGGUGAAAUAAUUUUUCCAAUUGCCUAAGAACAGUCAUAUCUAUCUGUUAAGGGGACAGGAUGUGCACCCACUGUGUCAAUUAAUUUGUUUAAUCCUCAAUCACAUUUUGUUGUCGGAAUUCGAUACCUUUCUUUUUUCUUUCUUUCCUUUCUAUGUCAAAGCUAGUAAUUAUACCGAAUGGCGGCGAAGACUCCCCUAAUCCGCUUCUGCAGGCAUCAAGCGAGCACAGCUAGAGACUCCGGACAUCUCCGAUAAUCAACCGAGUACAUCCGAAAACCUCCAGCGAAUAGACUUACCAUAGACUGUGAACUUUGCACACAUUACUAAAAGGAGAUCGGUAUGAACAUUACUCCUUAUUAUCGACCCAUGUGAUUUCUUCAGGAAGACACGUGGCUAUUUCCCUUAUCGACGCGUCAAAUAGACUUAUUUUUAUUUUUCGAGCGACUGUUUUUGUGUCGAGGAUCUUCUUUGUAACUCUAUCUAGAUCCAAAAAUGGCGGCGAGUAAAUGACAUUUUUCGGCUACCUAACUCAAUAUGUUAACAUUCCUUUGUAUUACAUGAGCUAUCAACCGUUGACCCUCAAUCAAUUCCGUCAAAACAACAGCAAGACAAGUAAAAUUAUCCUUCCCUUAUGGUCAUGGGUAAGAGCACCUUGUCUUAAAUUUCCAAGCGAGACCGCUCUUUGUUUGCACGGUUGGACAGCACGUCCUUUGGAUCGUUAAAGGCAACGCAUCUCGUUUCACGUCCGAAAAAAAAAACUGUCUCCAUGGCAAAGCCGUUUUACUAGGCUACGAGAACAAAGACCCUUCUAAAAAUUCGUCAUCAACUUGAAAACGAGACAGCGUGAAGUGCGAGGGCGGGAUCGACGCACUAUAUCAAUUGGUGGUAGACGACACAAAAGCAGGCUUUCGAAAAAGAAAGCGAAAAUAAUCGAUUACAUUAAACGUGUUGUUACGUUUACUGUAAAGCAGGCGACUGGAGUCAUUUUGAGGAGUAGCAAGGUCGCAAUUUGGUCUGCCCAAAGGGAUAGAAUCGGAAUUAUUGCCCUCUUUAGAAAGAAAUAGCUACACUCAGUUGAACAGAUACUAUGGACGACUUAACGUUAAUUUAUAUCUCCUUGUUCGAGGUCAACUAGUCGUGACCAAAUAUUCUGGAUAGAUCGUAGCCUAACGGUUUUGGUUUAUUUUAAACAUUCUUGAUUAUUUUCGAAAAGCGGAUUUGGUACGGGAAGCGGUUCCACAGCUCAUAGUCAGCCAAAAAAACACGGCGUGUGCUAAAUUAGAAGCAGACGCAGACAUGGAUGAACCAGAAGAGCUAACAGGUAUUAGCCCUCCGCAAUCCACAGAUGCCAAUGUAGAGCAAUGCGGUAGAAAACUGUCUUUGAAAGAUAUAAGGCGAUACGAAAAGAAAACACUACUGUGUCCGGGGGGAUGUGGAUAUGAUCUGGAUUUAACCGAUAUCCCGACGCACGAUUGCAUCAGAGAUUUGAGGCAGAAACUUGAGAGCGCUGAGAGGAAGCUUAGCGACAAAGAGGACGAAGCGAAAGAAACAGGCGAGAUGGAAAAUACUUACAGAGAGCAGCUUGCAUUGCAAGAUUGUAAAAUCGCUCAAAUGUCCACCGAAAUCAAAGAGUUGUUGUUGGAAAGAUCACGCCGGGAUGAGAUAUUCAACAACAAGGAAACGUUUUACAAGGAGCAGAUUACGGCGCUGAUGGACCAAGUGGCAAAGCUGGAGAGGAAACUUCAAUUACGAAGGCCUUCCAACCAAGAGGACGAGUCACUCAAUGAGACCAACGGUGCUAAAGAAUGGGCAUACAGAUACGACAAGCUACUGGCGGAGAAGAUCACUUUAGAAACUCUCUUUCAGAGGCGGGAGCGCGAAUCUCAACGCGAAAUUUACGCGCUAAAAGAGGAAGCAACGAUGCUGCGCGAAAGCCUCCAUCUCGAGCGCGAAAUGUUAUCGCUGGAGCACGACCACGUUACCUUCAACAAGUUAGCAGUUUUAACAGAUCAGUUGGAGUCUCUAGUACAACACAAGCAGCAUCGAGGACGCCACAAGAACAGCCACAAGGCUAAGGACUUAGGCAACGAAACACUGAAUGGGAGAAUUCGUAAACGUGUACCAAACUCCGUUGGAAGCUCGAAUUCUGAUACAGUUGACGAAGAGGACAUGGAGGUCGUCAGCAACUAAAAUAAUACGCAUCAGACUGAUCUUUUUGUGUCGUUGCCAACAACAUCAGUCUUAAAAGGUACAUGAGUGAUAUUUGCCAUAUUUUUAGACUUGGACGUCAGAAGGGCAAAGGAAGCAAUUGACACCACAAGUGUCAACCUUGAAGAUGCGCUUGCUGCGAUAUUUUUGUAUGUUUAACGCUUCCAUUCUCUCGGAUCUCUUUUGCAACAGAAUAAAUGUUGAGACGCUGGGAUAAUAGCGAAAGUAUCACACUCACAUGUUCCCCAGCGUACAAUAUAAACAAUGUGAACGAGAAUGAAAUGAAAUGUGUUUUCAUUUGAUGCUCUAUUUUAUUAUGUGACGAUUGUUGUGAUAAUAACUAAAAAAAUCUCGAAGUACAUCUGUAGAUUCUCGGAUCAACACAGCUUUAGUUGAAUUUACGACGCUGUAGAUGGUGAAUAAGCUUAGUGUUAAAUAAAUAUCAAAUGCUUAUUGUUGAUAGAAUAA